CCUCAGAGGACGUCCAUCCCGGGACGAGCAGAGCACAAGCUCUAAAAACAGCAAACCGUUAUUUACACCUGAAAAAUAAAGCUGAGAGCGAAUAUUUUCAGGUAUGGUUUCAGAUCUCUCCUUUGAUUCCAGGAUUUAUCCGGUACCCGUGUUUUCUGGACUUUGGCCUUGUGUUUUCCUCUCCCGUCCUCCACUCGAGCUGUAUUCUUUUUCUUCUUAAAGAAUUCAUCAUCAGACACAAUGUGGAGCAGGAGCGACGGCGAGGACGGAUACGACUGUAACAAAACAGGCCUCAGCAGCUCUUCAGGAUGGGUCCUUGGCCCCCCCGGUCCUGGGAACGUUAUACUGGGGGGGCGCAGACACAGCACGGUGUCUGACAGCGGGGACACAGGGAUUGGUACUUACUGCUCUGACAGCAUGGAGGAUGACUCCAGCUCCAGCACCACUCCUUUGUCUUUCCAGAGACUGUCCAACACUCACUUAGGUCCAGAUCAAGAUGGCGUCCCCUCCGUCCACGUCCUGCCGUCCCCCUCCCCCAUAUCCCCUGGAAGCUGGAGCAGGUCCCGUCAACCGCUCACACCUGGUGCAGCGAGCUGCCCGGAAAUGAAGGAGCAGAGACCUAUUCGAAAGUGGUCAUCUCUCACCAAACUGUCGUCAGGUGGAGAUAAGACGCGGACAUCAGGGGACUCACACAACCCCGACUCACGAGGCUCCUUGGACAGGGGUGUGCUCUAUGGGUACAGAAAGGAACCCCGGGCUUCAAACCUGGAUCUUUAUCUCCCUUUGUCUUCGUCCUCGCUCGGCCGCACCUUGCUGCUGCGCUCGCCGGGCGCUGCUCCUGGAUACCGUUACCUCCACAGCAGCAGGUCACCCGCUCUGGAAACAGAGCGCUCCAUCUCUUCUGCUCUGUCCUCACCGGCUAAACACAGCAGUCUGAGCUACAGCGCCUUACCUGAGGCCAAAGUGUCCCGGGGAGGAGGACAGGUGUUCAGCUUACCCACUCAGGGAGACCCCCUGCUAGGUCACCAGGGUGACAGAAGCUCCCCCAUCCAGCCCGCAGUGCGCACACAGAUGUGGCUGACCGAGCAGAUGGAGUACAGGCCCAAAGCAGGACAACCUGGAGCAGAGGGCGGGGCUGGAGACGGCCUGUUGCCAUGGCAGCAGGAACCAGGGCUGAACCAGAGCUCUCUGCCCGUCAAUACUCUGCUGAAGCUGAAAGAGGGACUGAUGAGACAGAGAGAGCUGGAGAUCGACAGACAAAAGCAGCAGAUCCUGCAGAUCCAUGCCCGGAUCAGAGAGAACGAGGUCAGAGUGCAGCAAGUCCUGCACAGCCAGAGAGGCUGGUUCGACCACACACACAUCCUCAGUCCUAAGGAACCCUUGUUGAGAGCGGCCUGUCAGCAGCCCUCUGAUAGGCUGUGCUGUGACGAGGAGCUCGGCAGGAAGCUGGCUGUCGCUGAACUUGAAGUUCUUCAUUUAAAUGAGUUCUUCAAACAAGUUACACAGAAAUACAACGAGGACAUCAGGAAGCUGGAGGAGAAGGUGAAGACGAGGGAUCGUUACAUCAGCAGCCUGAAGAAGAAGUGUCAGAGAGAGAACGAGCAGAACCAGGAGAAACAGCAGCGCAUAGAGACUCUGGAGAAAUACCUGUCUGACCUGCCCACGCUGGACGAGGUGCAGGGGCAGGCUACACAGGAGCAGGUGCAGCAGAAGGCCAAACACCUGGAGAGGACAAUAAGUCGGUUGGAGAGCAGCCUGCAGGAGGGCUGUGCUCUGCUAGAGGAGAAAAACAUGAAGAUGGAGCAGCAGGCGAGGAGAGAGAAGGAGCUGAUAGCAUCUGUGCACAGUCUGCAACAGAAGGUGCAGCAGUGUUUGGAUGACGGCGUCAGGUUACCUGUUCAGGACCUAAAGUGGCUAGAGGUGGAAAACUCUGAACUUCUGGAGCAGCAGGACCACACUAGCAGGCUGAUCAAACACCAGAGAGAACAGAUCGAGAGACUCACAUCCAAACUGACGGCCACCAGCAGCAGACUGCAGGAGAAAAGAGGCGUGUCUCUAUUACAGCAGACUGCUCCCCCUGGUGACGACAACAGCCUGGACCCUCCCGACAGAGCCCCCCCACAGAUAUCAGUACCCGCCGUGGAGGCUCCUGAAGUGGGCCGCCUGCUGAAGGAGAUGUCCCUGUGUCUGCUCGACCUGCAGACGCUUUGCAGCAUCCUGAGCCAGAGAGCUCAGGGGAAGGAGCCCAACCUGAGUCUGCUGCUGGGCAUGAAAUCUCUGAGUGUGUCUGCAGAGGAGAGCGACAGCAGACGGGAGGAGGAGGAGGAGCUCCGCUUCAAGCUGCUGGAGGUCAGCCAACUGAGGAGGGACAUCGACGAGCUGAGGAGGAGCAUCUCAGACCGCUACACCCAGUGUAUGGGGGACAGCUGUGUCUCCCAGAGAGUCACAGUGACUCCCAGUGACACCCAGUGACACCCAGUGUAUGGGUGACGGCUGUGUCUCCCAGAGAGUCACAGUGACACCCAGUGACACCCAGUGAUGCCCAGACACUUCCAGUGACACCCAGUGAUGCCCAAGGACUCCAAAUGACACCAAGAGACUUCCAGUGACACCAACAGACUUCCAGUGACACCCAGUGACACCCAGAGACUGUCAGUGUCACCCAGUGACGCCCAGAGACUUCCAGUGACAUCCAGUGACGCCCAAGGACUCCAAAUGACACCCAGAGACUUCCAGUGACACCCAGUGACACCAAGAGACUUCCAGUGACACCCAGAGACUUUCAGUGUCACCCAGAGACUUUCAGUGUCACCCAGUGACGCCCAGAGACUUCCAGUGACACCCAGAGACUUCCAGUGACACCCAGAGACUUCCAGUGACACCCAGGGAGAUCUAGAGACUACUAGUGAAACCCAGUGACACCCAGUGACACCCAGUGACGCCCAGAGACUGCCAGUGACACCCAGUGAGAUCUAGAGACUACUAGUGAAACCCAGUGACACCCAGAGAUUCCCAGGACCCUCCUGCUGGUGUCGGACCCUGUGUCUGUUUAACCCUUUUAUCCUCAAUGAGGAAUGAUUUAAGCUUUAAGCAUCCAUCACCCUAUAGACAGUGGACUCCAGAGGUGCAGUGGACUCACUUGUGGGAUCAUCGUGAACCAGACACAAACUGAAUUUAACAGAAUCAAUAACUUAAAAAAGUGUCAUUGAUCAAUAUUGAUUCUGUGCAUUUAACCACCGGCUUUAAGUCGACCACAGGACUCUUUUUUAUUCAAUAAUUAUCUGGUCAACAUUUCUGCUGCCAAAGAAGUGAAGUAAAGAAAACAGCACGUGCACUUUUUGUGGAUAAGACUCACUCUUCUGUGCAGGCAGCUUGCAGAAUAAAUGACUUCCCUAACUUUAAUUAUCUCUGCAUGUUUCAUCAUGUCUGCAACUUUAAAUGCUCUAAGUUACCAUGGGAACCAGGACAAAGGGACUGUGCGUUCAGAUUUCACAUACCAUUGACAGCUAUGACUUUUUUAUCACACUCUCUCUCUCUGCUCUGUUUAGUUUUUACAUUUAAAGAAAUAAAACCAAAGAAAUGUUUGAAAUGUUGAAAUCUGACCUUUGAGGUUUUUAAUGACACUUCAAGUAGAUCGUUGGCAGACAAAGUCUUACAGAUGGAAUAUAGUCACAUUCUGUCAGUAAAGCUGUCCGAACACAUUAGUCACAUGGAGAGAGGUGACAGAGAGACGAGCUGCAGGCUGUGAGAAUGUUCUGCAGGAUGUGUGAGCAGGAGGAACUCGAGAAUGUAAAGAUGGAGAAGUUAGAACGAAUGAGUGGGAAGUUUAAAGUGAGUAAGGAAGGACAUUUAAUAUAUAGUAUUUCAUUCAAAAUGUUUCAAAGUUACAGAUUCUCUGAUAAUGUACCUUUAUGAACAUGCAGCUUACCUGUUCAUUCUUUUGCAUCCAGUACAAACAUUUUCACCUUCACUAUAUAUUUUUAAAUACAUGAUAUUUUUUGUUUGUCAUCUUAAAUAACUAUACGGUGGCCCUGACAUUUUACUCAAAGCUAAAAUAAUCAGCACAAAAAAUGUUUCAGUUUUCAACUUCCAUUAUAUAUUUUUUUUUUUUGUGUGGAAUACUUUUGUAGUUCAAAGUUUGAGGUUUUCAUUCAAUAUUUGAAUAUUUAGUGGAACACUUUUGUGUCUUAUUCAUUUAGGGCUUUAGAAAAAUGUCUCUCGGUUUUUUAUGUUUCAUCUAAUAUUUAAACGGUAAGUGAAAUGUUUUUGCACCUUAAGGGCCACCGUAAAACUGUGCUUUAUAUGAAGUAAUGUAAAAAAAAAGUGUUGUUCACAUGGUUAAUAAAAUAUUGUUUGGUUUCUUACCAUCC